AUGGCGCAACCACCUAUGAGACCGGGUGGAGUGAUGGAGAAGCCAGUCAACGGUGCUGCUGCGUAUGCACAUGCCCCUGGUGCUCAUGGUAAAUGGACAUUCGGGCUUUUCGACUGCUGCUCCCCAUUCGGCACCUGCUGCAUGGCAACAUGGUGCCCUUGCAUCCUGUACGGCAAGACAUACGCGCGCGAACAUGGUGAUCCGGAUUCCAGUGGUUGCAAUGGAUCUUGCUGUGCAUUCUAUUGUUUGAUGUGCAUUGGUGGAAGUUGCAUCCUUCAAUGCAUCAAUCGAACCUCCACUCGUGAGAAGUAUGGAAUCGAGGGAAGCUCUUUCAGUGAUUUCUGCACAUCUUGCUGGUGCGCUUGCUGCCAGUUGAUCCAGGAGGAUAAAGAGUCGAUCGUCAGGACGACCGGCAUGGAUCCAAAGACGAAGCAGCCAUAUGCUUCUCCUCACCAGAUGACUUAUCCGUGA